GGCUUGUCCUCUUCCGGUAGUAUGGAUUUUCACCUACUGCUGUUUACCAUUGACAGCAGCAUUUUUGGAAGAAACAGUUCUCUCCAGGCGUGCUGAGUUUAGGUCUGCUGUCAUGGAGCAUGUGAUGAGGAGUGCGGUGCCUCUUGUUCUGGGCAGCCUGGGACUCCUGCUGCUGUGCCGGGCGGUGCGGAGGCUGAGACGGGCAGUCUCCGUGCAGGGGCUGGUGGUGGUCAUUACUGGAGCCAGCUCUGGCUUGGGCAGAGAGUGUGCGGAGGUAUUCCAUGUUGCAGGUGCACGGCUCAUCUUGUGUGGGCGAGAUGAAGCAAGGCUGCAGAAGGUGGCCCAGGAGCUCACAGCAAAAGCAGCAGACAGCCCAAGACAGACCUACCCUCCCAGGACGGUGACAUUUAACCUUUCCAGUACGGAGGAGGUUUCCAGGGCAGGAGAGGAGAUCCUAAAGUGCUAUGAUAAAGUUGAUGUCUUAAUCAACAACGCUGGCAUCAGUUACCGAGGUAACAUUCUGGAGACUGACAUUUCCAUCCAGCGGGAUGUCAUGGAGACUAAUUACUUUGGGCCCAUUGCCUUAACUCAAGCCAUCUUGCCUUCAAUGGUUUGUCAGCACAGUGGACACAUUGUCGUCAUCAGCAGUAUCCAGGGAAAAAUUGCAAUUCCGUACAGGUCUGCAUACGCUGCCUCCAAGCACGCCACCCAGGCCUACUUUGACUGUCUUAGAGCAGAGGUGGACUGUCAUAACGUCCAGGUGACAGUAGUCAGCCCUGGCUACAUCAGAACCAACCUGUCUGUCAACGCCGUCACUGGGGACGGCUCCAAAUAUGGGGUUCUGGACAAGACCACAGCAACAGGCCGGGACCCAAGAGACGUGGCCCAGGUGGUUCUGAAGGCUGUUUGUCACAAGACUAAAGAUGUCAUGUUGGCUGGAGCCCUGCCCACUCUGGCUGUCUACAUUCGUACCAUGUGGCCAUCUCUCUUUUUCAAACUUAUGGCUUCUCGUGCUGGAAAGGAACGCAAAUGCAAAGAGAAUUGAGAGAAAAAGAAGCUGUAAAAAAUAAAAAGGACUUAAGGAAA